GGGGAGUGGUUUCCACUAAAUAACCCAGCCACAAAGGGAAUUCCUCAGCCACAAACUCAAAAUUGGUUACAAAAAUGAGAUUUUUGGUCUUAUUUCAAAGUUAGACGUACAAUUAGCAGUGCGAUUAAGGUUAGGGUUAAGGUUAUAUUCAAAAUCUGAUUUUAAGAAGAUCAAUUGUAGAAAUAGGCGAGUAUUGACUUUGUGGCUGUGCUAACUAGUGGUGACCAAGGGGGAGUGGAUGCGUAUCUACGGUGGUUGUUCAUUCUGCUGUUUAUUCAUUUUCUGAGGACCCAUAUUCCUUUGCCUAUGCUUGAUUUGGAUACAACAGACAAUAGGACACUACCUGGUUGCAGCGUGUGCAUUUAGCCUCAAUUGCAAGAAAGGGUCGUUUUGUGGCUGGGCCAUAGAGAUGACCAGGCUGUGACGGUUGGGUUCUCUCUGUGUCUGUGGACCAACCCUGGCAUGGCUACUGCUAGGAAGAGCUCCUCAGCGGAGGCGGGAGGUGUUAGUUUCUCAGAAGCGCCAGCCACCGCUGCCGCCGGCACUCCUUCCCAUGUCCACUUUGAUGAGAAGCUCCACGACUCUGUCGUCAUGGUGAUCCCUCAGCCUGACGGGAACUUUAUGGUCAAGGUUGGUUUCCUGAAGACCCAGCACAAGUAUGAGAUUGUCUUCACCCUCCCGGAGGUUCCAUCACUGGGGAAGGACGCGUCUCCAGCUCCAGUACCCAACCCCCAUAUCCGCAUCACUGAUAUCACUCCUGUACCAGAGGGUGGUCUGAGAGUGACAUGUGAGUACAUGGCCCACCAAGAGGGAGUGCUGUGUGAGGAGGUGAUGCUGGUCAGUGAGAGCCAGGAGGACGUCUGCGUGGGGGUCAAGGUGCACGCCCGUGUCAUGGACCGUCACCAUGGUACACCCAUGUUGUUGGAAGGAGUGCGUUGUGUGGGAGUGGAGCUGGAGUAUGACUCUGAACAGAGUGACUGGCAAGGAUUUGACUAAACCAGACCAUGUGACACACACACACACACACACACACGCACACACACACACACAAAUGACCAUGCCACAUGUAUUCAAAUUCAACAUCCACUGUACUUCAAACGAUCCCUAACCAUUUCAAGAUGUUAUGGUCCUAAAGGAGGAUUCAAUUAUGAAAUGGAUAGAAGUUAUUUUAAGUAGUAGUCUGGGUUUUUAAUUUUACAUUCAGGCCGUACUUGGCCGCUAAAAGCUGAAAAGCAGCACACAACGCAUACAAGUAAACAAAUCAAAUCUUACCUUGCUUGAAAAGUAAAACAAACAAGCAUGAAAACUUUUAUUUUUUAAAGCAAGUCCAAUGUGAUCCGAUCACUAUUGAGCUUCCCUCAACUACACUGAACAAAAAUAUAAACAUAACAAUUUCAGUUACAGUUCAUAUAAGGAAAUCAAUCAAUGUAAAUAAAUUCAUUAGGCCCUAAUCUAUGGAUUUCACAUGACUGGCAAUACAGAUAUGCAUCUGUUGGUCACAGACACCUUAAAAAAAGAUAAUGAUCAUGCUGUUUAAUCAGCUUCUUGAUAUGCGUGGAUGGAUUAUUUUGGCAAAGGAGAAAUGCUCUCUAGGGAUAUAAAUGUGUGCACAAAAUGUAAGAGAGAAGCUUUUUGUGCAUCUGGAAAAGUUCUGGGAUCUUUUAUUUUAGCUCAUGAACCAUGGGACCAACACUUUAUAUGUUGCGUUUAUAUUUUUGUUCAGUAUAGUUAACAUAUCUGAAAUGCAUCUGUACGAAGUACUGUUGUUAGCACUGUGAUGACACGUUAUCCAACUGCCCAUGCCAUUCCACUACCUGCCUGCCCCUAUGUUGUUUAGAAUGUGUUUUCUGAGUAAACCUUUAGGGGGCAGCAAAGUUCACGUAAUCAAUCCAGCCCAUUUCACCCAGCCUAAACUCAACUGUACCAAUAGGGGGCAACAAAGACCACUCAAAUUAUCCCUCAUCUGAAUCCAAAGGGGUAGAGGGAUUCAAAAUGACUUUAAGUAAUGUUUUUUAAAUUAAAGAAUUAUACGCUAUUAAUCAGUCGCAAGUGCCUACGUUGCUGUACAGCUUUUACCAUCAACAACUGCCUUCUGUCCCGUACUAUCCUUCUAUCUAUCAAGUAUCUCCCCUUCAGGAGUUAAAAGAAUUUGGACUUUGGUGGAUCAAUGAUCAUUUUUAUAUCUACAAAACAUUUCAAGUGUAUAUUCAGUGUAUUUAGAAAAUAUUAAAGAUUGGUGCCAUCAGUACCAUUGGUAGUAAAUCCACACUCAAAUUAGAUUGUCGGUUAUUUUUUGCUCUAUAAUAUAUUUGAGGCAACAAGAAGAAGAAAAGACAACCAUUUUGGUUGUUAGCCCAUCAUGAAUCUGCCAACAACUAGUAACUCUUCCCCUUUAUCUACCCCCAAAGCCCUCACCAUCCUCUCUGACCACUCAUACUCUCAUUGCAACCAAAUAUUUUAGUAGUAUAGCUAGUCACUGUUUACUGUCAAUAGCUAGUCAUUGUAAAUCUAAAUGUAUAUUCCGAUCAAAUAAGAAUGUCAAGUAUCUAGCAUAAAACAUAUCCGUAUUUCACAUAGCUAAACGGACAAAGCCCUGUUUUUAUUUUAUUUUUUAUAUCAGACAAUCUUCAUGUGUUAACUUAACUGUGUUCGGCCUUAAUUGAGGAGAACCUGUAUAUCGUUUGUGUUUAUGUUUGUAUAAUAGGCUCUAAUGUCUUAAAGUUAUACCUUGUUGUUAUGGUGUCCAUACUAAAUCCAUGCUCCAGGGUAGGGGUCAAUUCCAUUUCAAUUCAGGAAAUACAUUUGAAAUUCCAGUUCUUUUCAAUUAGGAAAAUGUGGAAUUGGAAUUCCGUUUACUUUCUGAGUUGACUGGAAUGGAAAUGUCCGGAACCCUGCCAUGCUUCAAAAGUUGGAGAGACAGUGUGGAUUCAGUUUGGAUACAAGGUGAUCUUGUCCUUUUGAGUUGAAAAGAGGGGGCACUAUUGUUCAUGCAGUCAGACUUAUCAAAAUUCCAGUUUCCAUUUAAAUUCCAGUCAAUUCAGAAAGUAAACCAAAAUCCAAAUUGUCCUAAUUGAAGAGAAUUGAAAUUUCAGUGUACUUUCUGAAUUGAUUGAAAUCAAAAUGGAGUUGACCCCAGCUCUGGUUGUUAGGUAAUUGUACUGAGGGGUUACUGUACUAGAGGGGUGUGGCAUUUUGUCAGUCGAUACACUAUACAAUACAUGUUCCCUCAUAGGUGUUUGCUCCUAUGGUCUCUGGUCUUUUCUUAUGCCAUAAAACAACAUUUAAGUGCUUAUCAAGAAAAACUUCCAAAAGGACUGAUUUGAGGUAGAAGUUGGAGCACUCAACGAAAAAAGGUGGGAUGUAUUUAUUUUAUCUCAAUUUAAUCCGUUCUAUGGGAUGUGACCAGGUGGAUGUCAAGCUGACAAUAAAUCAAUGUCAGAUUUUUUAAAAUAAAUUUAAAAAAUUGUUGAGUGCUCCAACUUCAUUCUAGUUCAAAUUCCUUUUGGAAGUUUAAGCGCUUCUCGUGAUUUUUGUUAUUGUUGUUGAGCACCCUCCUUUCCUUUGUCUGCUGAAGUGUGAACGCCCACCUGAGCUAAUAAAGUUUGUAUUUUAUUGUG